AUGGUAAGCGUAUCAAGAAAAGUCAUCCUUACGCGGUUGUUAUCUCUAUUAGAUGGAGGGCUGCAACACAGUCGGUAAGAAAACGCCGAGAUCGACGGCUCCGAUAACAUCUCUUAACCUUACUCUAGUGUUACUGAGAUGUCUUCCAUUCCUAACCUAAUAUGUGCAUUUGUACAGCUAUCGUUUGACACUUGUUUUUGAGUCGUCAAUCAUGUCCUACUGUAUAAAAGAUAUAGCCAUGUCUUUACCGAAUGGAGAGGAAAAGUUCAAAAUUCACUAUAGUUACAUUGCGUCGAUUACGAUAAUUGUCUAUGGUUACCUUAUAACGCAGUGUUAACUAUACGAUCUUAUGUACACAAUUCAGUAGAUCCGCUGCUAAAAACCUUUUCGAGCAAUUAUCCCUAUCAGUUAAUCUUCCAGGAUAUACUAUCUUCUUGUCUUAGUAUAUAUAUUCGUUUACAUUCAUCAGGUCCGCAAUUAUUCUUUAGCUUGACGCUUCAAUUAACAGUCUUAGAUACAUCUGCAACAUUACCCACGAUUUAAACACUGUUUUAUGGUUGCGCUUUGCGCUCGAGGCAGAAUAGCUGAUAAACGAUAGUUAAACAGAACGAAAAUUAGAUAGUUAUCAGGUUCAGAUUAGGUGUACGGGAUGCAUCUUCGCUUCUUGAAGAUCCUGCUUUAUUCGUUUGCCGUGUGCUUGACGUAAGAUCUGAAGGGUGUGUAACUUGAAUCAUGUUUUUUGCGGUAUGUCUCUAGCGUCAAAGUAAAUUUUAACGUUAUAAUUGAUCCGCAGUAAUUUUUUCAACUUACAUAAAAUAAAUAUUUGGUCGUAAUUUGAACUCGAUGACAAUCGUCCCGGGCGUGUAUUUUCGAUAAGAAUGUUCGACGAUGAAAGAUUGCCGUAAUAAUAAUGAUAACAAAAGCAUUUGUUCCUUAAUAACUAUGAGGAGUCGUUAUCUUCGCCAUUCACAGUUCGCGUAUACGAAAUACGCUUUUUACCGCCCGCGUUACUCUGCGCUCGCUGGCUACUAUCGGGUUCCUAGAACUUCCUUUUGAUGUCUGCACUUAUGUAUCAAUGUUGCUCUCCAGAUAGAAUUUGUCAUCUUAAUGGACGCUAAAUGUACGAAUGGUAGUACCAAAUCGCGGUUGUUAGAAGAAUGCCAUUUUUCAUAACCUCUGCUUUAAAAAUGCAUAUAGCAUUCUACAGGCAACGCCGUGGAGAGCAGAAGACAUUUUUGCUAAUGCGACUCAAAAACAAACGAGGUUGUGUACUUCGUCGAUCCUUGUUAUCUCAUUACAUGUUGUAGUGUCACGAGCUCCAUGCGUGUAGCAUUCCAUUGGAAUAUUACAGAGAUUUUAAUUCCGGCUAUCAAAGUAAGGAUAAAGUUGUCAAAAAAGCGUUUUGAAGCUUACCUUUGAAAGAUAUGGGUGAUGUUCCACAUGCUAAAAAUACACACGCUGCGCUAGAGGGGGCUUAGCCUGAACCUAUGCCUUUUCCAUCAAAUUUCCGCAUGUGUUUUUUCUCAGCCGACCCCUGGUUUGGAAUGUUUUACAGAACUUUGUAACCAUAGCAAAGGGUGCAGUAGGCGAAUAGCGGCCAUAUAAAAUUUACAAAACUUUUGGAUACUCUAUAUCGACAAAAAUAUCCUGAUUUUUCUCAUUUUAAGGGAGGCUGUGUUUCCUAGUUUCAACAGACACCAUGGAGAUCGCUUCCUAUCUAAUACGUCAUAUUGUCUAAACGAAAGCGAUGCGUUUGCAACGAGCGGUGUAUUGUUAGGAAAGAACAAAAUGCAUUGAACAUUUAGAAGUAGCCUGAGGACCAACCGCACGCCUUCUAAAAACCUCCUUGGCCUGAUGGAACAUUUAGAAAAUCAAAUAGUAUCAUAGAUGCGGAUGUGUGCUUAUACAGCAAGUACAAGAACACGUUCCCUAUUGUGCAUGUUUAGAAAUAAUGGAGAAAAACCGAAGUAAUCUCAAUCUGUAAAUAAAUUAUUUUGUUAAAGUAAUAUACAUCUGUGCAAGGACCAUCUGCCCUGUCGGAUAAGGUCGAUGCUAUCCUUGGGACAAGUUACUACACGAGCUUACAUAGUCACCAUUUACGUAAAUCCGGCGUACGUUGAAGACUCGUUUGGAUGGCCCGGGAGGCUAACAACAUGAAUUCACAAGCACCCGUGAGUCAUGAACAGCAGCUUUUGUAGAAGGGACACGUUGUGGUCUACGUUCGAACCCGGGCGUAGACAGAUGUUGUUUCGUGCUGGGAGCCGUCUGUGUGAUGUAGUGCUUGACGGCGAUACCGGACGUAAAACUUGAAACAUAAAGGACCAUUCCGCCAUUUUGAAGGCUUAAGAAUUGCCCUUUCAACCCAAUGGCGGCAUAUUAACAGCGCACUCGAUGAACAACUGCACUGUCGCAUUGUUACUGUGUCUGCAUCGUGUGCAAGAGGAGAUUGUUCAGUGAAUGCCGACCUAUUUUAUCUGUAAAAACCCAUGCCGUCAAUCACCAAUCAUCCAUCAAGAUAAAAGGCUCUAAUCUUUUCCCAAUUGUAAAUCGUGAGUUUGAAUCAUCGAAGAUGCCUCAUGUGUCAUUCUAAUACAUGACACGACGAGCCACUGCUAUUGAGGCCGUCGAGAAUCUCAACAAAAGGCUCGAACGGGCUGAACAACUAUACCGACAGUUCAGAGCCUUCGCCAAACGGCACAGAAUUCUUCUUCAGCGUUAUCACAACAUGAAGUCUAAGAUGGAACAUUUUGAAUCUUUUUCUUUUGAAAAACAGGAAGAAUGUUACCAGCUUCAGGCGCAGGUAAUUAAGCUGAGAACAGCUUUGGAGACAGAAAUACAGGAACAUAGGAAAACAAAGCUCUGUGUAGAAAGGUUGAAUAAGCAGUUUCAAUCUGUUAAAGAGGUUUUCUUGGCAUUGGAUGUUGAAGACGAACAUAAAUGGGAUUUGAUCAAUACGAUAUGCUCAAAUAGGCCACAUCAGGCAAACAUAUCGUCCAAGGCCACGUUUCACGAUUUGCUGGAUACACCUAUGCAUGAGCUCGAGGAGAACUCAGCAGUGUCAAUGGAAAGCUUAAUCUCGAUGAUAGAAUCUUCUUCAAAAAGCAGUUUUAUCGCCCCAGAGGAGACAGUCAGGUCUGACCAUGAAAACGAAUAUAACUGUGACCAGGAGUCUGUAUAUAGUAAUGACACGACGGAGUCAGCAACAUCGAGCGACGAAGUAGCUCCGUUUGGACAGAAGGCGCAUGGACUGACUAGCUCCUACCAGGAAGGAUUCUCUAAUAAUGAGGAAGAAACGCUUUUCCGAAAAAUUAGGCAAAGGUCAUCAAGCAUAGAUGCAUCGCUGAAAGUCUCAGUCGAUAGAAACACUCGCAUCACGACUGCUGAAGCAAGAAUUGGGACAAAGCCUGGCCUCGUAGUGUCUGUAGAAACGCCUACAGGUAGACGCAGCCAGAGUUUCGAUACACGAAUGGAAGGUGAAGCUAACAAUCCCUGUGUUUUGGCGUUGCUUGCGGAUAAGGCCGUCAGAACACCCACCGAUUUACCAAACGCGCCUAUGUAUCGCAGCGACUCAGCUAGCAAGCUAACGAACAAGAAACACCAAUUUGUCAGGAAAUAUGUAGGGCCUCUUGUCAAAUGUGCCAAAUGUAAACGGGUAAUGAAGUUCCAUGACACACUGCAAUGUACAGAAUGCAGCUUACCUGUUCACCAGAAGUGUCAGGAAGACGCGCCCCUACCAUGUAUGCCGACCGCUACUAUUAAGUCGAACAAAUCAAUGAAAGAGCCGAAUAAGCUAUUGGAAUACUGUCCAGUCUCAGGGCCACGAGUACCACCAUUACUCAUAAACUGUUUCCAUGAGCUAGAAAAGGACCAUCGCAUCAGGGAGGUCGGCCUCUACCGCAAUUCCGCCUUGCAGAGCGACGUGCAAUCGCUCGUAAAGAAAUUACUGAAAUCUCCCCAGCAUGACCUGUCACAGUAUGACACACAUGUGAUUGCUGGUGUUGUGAAGAGUUUCUUGCUGAAGCUGCUAAGCGAACCGCUAGUGCCGACAUCGAUGUACAGCUCUUUCGCGAAAGCGACAGAACCAGAACGACAUGGCCAUUCCGAUAAAGCCUUACGCUCGGAAGUGGAAGGUUUACCUCAGGCCAACCGGGACACCUUGGCAUACGUCAUGUUGCACAUUCGCGUUGUAGAAGAAAUUUCCGACAAUAAAAUGGAUCGGGAGAAUCUAACAAGGGUAUUUGCCCCGACGAUCGUGGGAUAUCCGUUAAACGCGCAGAUAAACCCUGCACUAAUGGACCAAAAUGUCACCCAGAGAAUCAUGUCACGUCUUCUGAAUAUGGAACCGCCAUUCUGGGACGCAAUCAUACAACGUGCAAAUCGAAUGAUGUUGCGGGUGCCUUCAAAAGAGUGUGUGCCUAACCCUAAGAAAUCAAAUGUCUUUUCAUCACCCAAAAUUAGCUAAAAUACUUCAUUUUCGGCUGAGCGGCGAUCCACGGCCCUUAAAACGAACAUUAUUACUUAGCUCAAUAUGUUAGGGCAUUGAAUAGGUUUAUUUUAGUAUAGCCAUGUUGCUUGUGGUAUAAAUUUAGACCUCUUUAUUUUGCAACGCGGAGUAGAAGACGCGCGUCAACGAGGCCUCGGCUCCUCGUUUGUAUAUAGAGGGCGGAGUGCUUAAAGAGAACACCUUCGAAGCCAGCCCGUUUGAAGACAUUUUUUGGAGCAAAGCGUCCGUCUGAGCAUUUUUUUCGAAACAUAUCGAGUCACAAUAGCAGAAAUUAGGCUAAGCAUAGCGAUUUUUGAAUACAAAAGGCUGUGUUGCUUCUGUGCCAUUGAUUUAUCAUCGUUCAUACGAUACGCGAGUAGAUAAGCUUAGAAAAUAAAGAAAUUGACGCUGAUCGUAAUUAAGAAAGCGGUAAAACCAGUGAAUUUACAAAAUCCAAUUAUUCUAUUUAAUGUAAAAAAUCCAUUUGCAGUGGAUGAUCGUAAAGUCGACAGCCAUAUGCAUCCAUGCAAAUGUUUCAUCUACGCUUGAUACGGCAGGGACAACAGCGGAAAAUACUAGCCAUUCAUACCACACAAAGAAGUAUACUUUUGUGUUCAUAUAUGACACCUUUGUAUACAAACAAAUAAAAACACACGGAAACAGAAAAACCUAACAUAUAUGGAUAAUCUCGUAUGUUUACCAACCGUUCUUACUUACCGAGUCCACUCAACUGAUAGAAAUGUUUAAGCUUGAACUCAAGCUAACACGCUUAAAGCAGUUAUUAUAUAAUAAAUUGUAUGUAUAUAUCGAUAUAAAAAGAUGUGUACACAUCAAUGCACAACA